UAAUUAUCUUUUUUUAAAAUAAAAAAGUUUAAUUAUUAUUAUUAUUAUUUUAUUUUUCUUUGGUUUCUUCUCCUCCGCUUCUUCUGCAGAAUUCUCUCUCUUGGCUUCACCCGUAAAUCUAAAUUUCCCUUUCUCUUUCUAUAACUGAAAUUCUCUCUCUGAAAGUCUUCCCGUUUUCUUGUUUUAAACGGCAUCGUUUCACAUUGGCGGUCUGUUUCUAUUUCUUGGUAUCUUAGAUAGUUUUUACGCUUUGGUUGUCUGAGUUGGAUUUUUCGUCUUAGUUCCUGUUUGUUUUCCUAGAAAACGGUGAGCCCAGCCCUGGUUUUUGAUAAAUGGGGGCAUCAUUUAAGCUGAGUGUAAAGAAAAUGGAUCGGUCCAUGAAAUUCAACUCUUGUACAGGAUUUCUAUUGGAGGUCUUGUAGACUUGUUGGUUUUAGAUGAUACGAGCUCGUUGCAGCUUGUAGAAGCUGCAUUUGAGAAUGUUGAUAAUUUUCUGGCUGAUAUUCAAUCAUUCUUACAAUGAGAAGUCUGUUCCUGUCAACAUCAUACAUUUCAUGCUACAGUUUAGCACUAAACCACAUACACAAGUUAGUGAUCAAGCCUAUUUGGAUACAAUAGACACCUCUAUUUGGAGGUUGUUAGAAGUACAUUGACAAAUCGUUGAUUGUCAUCUGUUACAACUGUAAUAAUGGAAAGGUAUAAAAUUUUGGAGGAGCUUGGAGAUGGUACCUGUGGUAGUGUGUUCAAAGCCUUCAAUACAGAAACAUUUGAGAUUGAUAUUUGUACAUUGGUCUCAUGUGAUGAUUGGAAUUACCUCAAUGCCUUGAAGAUAGCAAAUGAUGAAAACAGAAUCGAUUUUGAAAUCACUUUGUGAAUUUGUAUCAUUAGGUUGCUGUAAAGAAAAUGAAAAGGAAGUUCUACUUUUGGGAAGAGUGCAUGAAUCUAGGAGAAGUUAAGGCCCUUCGUAAACUAAAUCAUCCUAAUAUUGUAAAGUUAAAGGAGGUUGUCAGGGAAAACAAUGAACUAUUCUUCAUUUUUGAGUACAUGGAACAUAAUCUUUACCAAAUCAUGAGAGAGCGACAAAGACCUUUUUCUGAAGGGGAGAUACGCAGCUUCAUGUCUCAGAUGCUGCAAGGACUUGCUCACAUGCAUAGACAUGGAUAUUUUCAUCGAGAUUUGAAACCUGAGAACUUGCUGGUGACGAAGGAUGUUCUAAAAAUUGCUGAUUUUGGACUGGCGAGAGAAGUAUCAUCAAUGCCUCCUUAUACAGAAUAUGUUUCUACACGGUGGUACCGUGCUCCAGAAGUCUUGUUGCAGUCUUCCUCUUACACUCCUGCAAUUGAUAUGUGGGCUGUUGGUGCGAUAUUAGCAGAGCUUUUCACUUCAUAUCCUAUUUUCCCUGGUGAAAGUGAAAUAGAUCAACUGUACAAGAUAUGCUGCGUUCUGGGUGCACCAGAUUGGACUUCUUUACCUGAAGCAACCAACAUCUCUCGUCUAAUCAAUAUUAGUUAUUCAGAGAUUUUACCUACCAACAUAUCAGAUAUCAUUCCCAAUGCCAGCUCAGAGGCUGUUGAUUUAGUCAUGCAACUUUGCUCAUGGGACCCAUUAAGGAGGCCAACGGCAGAUCAGGCAUUGCAGCAUCCUUUUUUUAAUGUGCAUGCAUGUGUUCCUCAUCCACUACUGUACGAUCCGCUUGAGUUGAGGCUAAACAACAUGGGGAUGGAGCCAAAUCUUGAGUUGAAUCUAUGGGAUUUCGACACUGAACCUGAUGAUUGCUUUUUGGGCUUGACACUUGCUGUAAAACCAAGUGUUUCAAACUUAGAGGUGGUCCAUAAUGCCUCUCAAGGUACGGAAGAGGAUAUACUGUUUUGUCCUAGGCUAAAAGAUCAUCCGGAGCAAUCAGUUUUUUGGUCAUUGCUUACUCCUGGUCAAAAUGGAAUUCACCCUCCAGUUGAAUCCACCUUGUCUUUCCCAUUCAGGGAAAUUUUCCAUGGCAGUUCGAUUCAGCAUCCACCAAUUGGAGUUCCACAAUCUGCUGGGUUUGCAAUGGCAUCAUUGCAGCCUAACCUCUUAGAACGUCAGUUGUUGGCUGUGUCCUCCCCCUUCCAGCAAGGUCAUUACCUUUGACUGAGUUGAUUGGAUAAUCUAAUAAGGGGCUGUACAGAAUUUGUAAUUUAUUAUUCUUUUUUAUUAUUAUUAAGUUCCGUUUAGUACUCUCAUUUAUGCAAAAUAGGUGUCCUGAGAAAGUUCCCAUGAUAAAAGUUUUUCAGAUCCCAUCAUUUCAAGUAUAGGAAAUUAUACUCUUUACGGUCAAAGUUGGUGGAAUAUUCAUCUUGGUUAAUGUACAUUUUCUUUCAUACAAAUAUCUUUCCCUCUCACUGUAUAUGUAUGUGUAAAUUUACUUAACAAAGGGAAAUUGUCUCUCAUUCUCUAGCAGAGCAGUGAUAAUGAAUUUUCAUCAUGUAUUUCAUAUCAUCAGACCUAAGAGAGGUUAAGAAAUAAAAUGGUUGAUGUAAGCAAAGGAAGUAAGACAUAAGCUAAGGGCAUCUAUAUGGUUGAUGUAAGCAAAAGUGCAAGUAAAUGAAUUAUCGCUGCCAUCAAAUCUAGUUUUCAGAAAACUUGUCGGUAGCUGAAACCCCUUCCAGAAGCAGAAGCCGUAUAGCCUUUCUUUUCUUUGGCCAAAAGUUUCUGUUCACCGUUUAGAGAGAGACAUGAAAUAGUUGUAACAUUUAAGGCGCUGGGUCAGAUUGUAUGUGAUUGGGAAAAUGACAUAAAGUGAAACAUUAAAUGCUAUAGCCAUGUUUUUGUUUGAUUUUCCUACCUUGGAUUCUGUUGUGACAUCUAUUCCUCAAAAAUAACACCCAACAAAAUCAAAUUGAACAAUUAAGACAAAAAUCAUUGUUUGUUAAUGAUUUGGAUUAUUUUAAAGUUUUAAUUCAAGACAUUUAAAAUGGAAUUUUAAACUUUGUAAAUUGUUUUCGAGAGAACUCCACUAUGUUAAAUAGAUUUUUUUGAUCUCCAAGGUUUUUCUGUCUCCGUAAUUGUUCAAUCCCAGG